GUUGUUCCAGCUUUUCCUUCUUGUUUGUCGCCUCUUAUUUUCAUUUGUAAAUCGUGAAAGAGGGGAAAUUGCAAAGGACAAGUUUGUUUAAAUUAUCGGUUUUUCGGUUUAGGGCCAUUUAGCAUGGACUUUUGACUUGGACUACUCCGUAAAGAAGAAGAGAUCAAAGGAACGAAAAGCCAUUUAAAGCUUUACAAAUCUUUCUUCUAUAACAAAAAUGGUCGAGUAUGGUUGCAAUGUUGCCAACAAGUUCGGCUUCAUGUCGGAUGAUGACGACCUUGAUGACCCACAGGAGUUGAUUAGCCGGGUCACCCAGAUGGAGGCUGAGAAGGCCGCUGCCCAGAAAAAAGCUGAGAAGUUGGCUAAGCAAGCAGCAGCAGCUCCGAAAGAAGCACCAAAGCCUGCAGUCACCGGAAAGGAGAACAGCAAACCAACUGGCGGUGAAAGAGGUGGUCGUGGUGGACGUGGACGAGGUCGAGGUGGUGGCGGCCCUCGCCCGCCUCGGCAAGAAGGGGACUUUUCUGAACGCUUUGGAGAAGCACGUGGUGAACGAGGUGAAAGAGGGGGUCGCGGUGGACCUCGCGGUGGUGGACGUGGUCGCGGAGCUCCAUUCCGUGGACGUGGUGGAAAUGCCAAUACGUUUACGGAUGUACCUAAAGAUACCUCAGACGUAUUCGAAGAAGUCCCACGUGACGCUCCCGCUGUGGAAUUCCAAGGCGAACGCCGUGGACGCGGACGUGGUAGCUUCAAUGGAGAACGACGAGGACGCGGCGGAUUUCGUGGUGGGCGUCAGUUCGAUCGCCAGAGUGGCUCAGACCGUACUGGUGUUCGUGGCGUUGACAAGAAAGAUGGUCAUGGACGUGGUAAUUGGGGAGACGAUAAGGAUGAACUCGCUGGUGAAACAGACCCAAUCGUAGCCUCCGAGGAGCCUGAGGUUCCACGUGAAAAGACGGCGGAAGAGCUGGCUCAAGAAGCUCUCGAAGCUGAACUUGCCAAACAGAAAACACUGAAGGAGUACAUUGAAGCCCACAAGAAGGAGGCUCCCAAGUUCAACGUUCGCAAGGCGGGAGAAGGGGAAGAGGAGAACUUCGGAAAACUUGUGAAACUCCAGAAAGAAGUCGUGCCCGACGAUAAAGAAGAGGAAGAAGUUUCGAUUAUUCGACGUGAGCCUCGCGAAAAAGCUUUGCAUAUUGACAUCCAGUUCGCUGAACCGAACCGUGGCUUCCGCGGAGAUCGUCCCCCAAGAGGACGCGGUGGACCGCGUGGAGGUGGUCGCGGCGGCCGUGGAGGAAACCGUACCCAAGCACCGCCACACUUUGACGCCUCCCUUGAUGCCUUCCCUGCCCUUGGCUCUAAGUAGUGCAACCGUAUGUCCAUUGCAACAUCUGGCCAUCAUCGUUCCAUUGUUCUUUUCGCAGUCGAGUGUCCCCAUAUCUCCAAUACCUUUUGCUCUACCAAUCAUUUCUGCUCGUGCCCAGUCAGUCUAUGCACCCUGCAUGUAUAGCAACGUAGACAGUCCUCUAGUUGUCAGUUUUCAUCAUCUUUGUUAUGAGACGUUUUCUCUCGUUAUCUUGUUUAGCCAUUCGAUCUCCAUGUUUUGAUGAAGCUGUUUCGUCGACGUUCGGUGGCUACUAUUGCUUGUUUGAAAUGAAAAGAGUCGACCCAUGAUCUUCGUCUUCAAUUUCUCAAUUAUCUCAGAUAGUUUGCGCAGGGAAGUGGAGCACUAUUGGGCCCUAGCAGAGCGAGAAUGUUUGUUAUAUGGAGUGUUGUUGUUUCUACUUGUUGAGAGGAACCCGAU